AUGUCUUUCUUUGAUUCUAUACGCCAGAAAGCAUCUUCGGUGAAAUUUCUGGAUAAAUUGACUGACAGCUUCGGUCCCGUCCUGACUAGGGAUGAGAUAUUUAAGUUUGAAUACAAGCUACCAAAUGAUGAAAACAUCCUUGAUGACACUAAUGCAGAUAUCUCGAUAAUAAGUCCACAUAUGAAACCCAAAGAUUUGAGGCACGAAAAUGAAGAGGGUAUGGCAUAUGUUUAUUCUGGUCGGCUAUUUUUAACCUCACAUUAUUUGGUAUUCAAAGAUUCUUUUGAUCAUUCUUCUUGUGUGUUCGUGCUUAAUAUUACCACAAUUAGACGUGUCGAAAGAGCCCCAACAACUUCAUAUGCAUUUUCUCUGGGGAUUACCCUAUAUUCAGGUGUUCGAAUAAUAAUUCAAUUCAUUGGACUGCGGAGCCGCUCGGAAGAAUUCUGCUACAAGCUUAAAGAGCAAUUGACAAAAAAUAUACCAAAUACGAAAACUUUGACACCAUUUUUGGAAACAUGUUAUUCUGAGUACCUUAUAGCAAGGAAUGUUCUGAAAAGAGUGGAUGCUUCCCCCCCUCCAGCUGGAUUGGGCCAAAUAUAUAAGUAUCCCGGAAAUCCUGCGAUCAUGAAAGAGAAGCCAAAAUUGAGGUUAUGGUUCGAGUAUUUCAGAGACAAUGGAAAGAAUUUAACGAUUGUAAAGAAUCAUAUGUUUCAGAAGCUCAUUAGAGUGGGCGUUCCUAACCGUCUUAGAGGGGAAAUUUGGGAACUGUGCUCCGGCUCCAUGUAUUUGAGAUUUGCUAAUCAAAAAGAGUACGUUACAAUUCUGAAAGCAAACGAAGGAAAGACGUCACAAGCUAUUGAGGAAAUUGAAAAGGACUUGAACCGUUCGCUACCUGAAUAUGCGGCGUAUCAGGAUGAAGAGGGGAUAAAACGCCUGAGAAAUGUUUUAACGGCAUAUUCAUGGAAAAAUCCUGAUGUUGGAUACUGUCAAGCCAUGAAUAUUUUGGUAGCGGGCUUGCUUAUCUUCAUGACUGAGGAACAGGCUUUUUGGUGCCUCUUCAGUCUGUGUGAUAAUUACGUGCCAGGCUAUUAUUCAAAGACUAUGUAUGGAACACUUUUAGACCAAAAGGUUUUUGAAUCAUUCGUGGAAAGUAAAAUGCCUGUCUUGUCUGAGCACAUUACUACCCAUGACAUUCAACUGUCGGUUGUUUCUCUUCCUUGGUUUCUGUCAUUGUUUUUCACUUCGAUGCCACUCCCUUAUGCUUUUAGGAUCAUGGACAUUUUUCUUGUGAAUGGUCCAAAAACUCUAUUUCAAGUUGCAUUAGCAAUUUUGAAGGUCAAUGGUGAAGAUCUUCUUGAAGUAGAUGAUGAUGGGAUGUUUAUUGCCAUCUUGAAGAACUAUUUUCAGACGCUCGAUCACAGCGCACAUCCUGAGUCUAGUGACAUCAAAUAUAAGCAAAUCACGAAGUUCCAAGAACUACUCGUUGUCGCCUUCAAGGAAUUUAGCAUUAUAACUGAUGCAAUGGUAGAGCAAGAAAGGAACAAAUACCGCAAAGAUAUUUUGCAUAAUAUAGAGUCAUUUGCAAAGAGAACUCAAUUGCGUAAUCUACCUCAAACUCGAAACCUAACGAAAGACAAUCUUUCGAAUAUCUAUGAUUUAUUCUACCAAAGUAUUGAAUCACAUAAGAUAAGCAUGGGAACAGGCUCUUCGAACAUGGAUUUUGAAGCUUUCAUCCAGUUUUUAAGCAAGUUUUGUGAUUGGUGCAAGCCUUCUGAAAGUGAGCAGAUUCCUCGAUUCCGCAAGCAAAAGCGUGGGUUCCUCAAAAGACUAUUCAAACAAUGGGAUAUAUCGUCUUCGAACGAAUUGACGCUGAACGAUGUAGUAUCAGGUUUGGAUUCUCUACUGUCUAAAGACUUGAUGUCGUCAAUUAACAAUUUUUUCGCAUUGUUUGAUCAGGAAGGCAAAGGGGAAAUUCAAAGAGAAGAGGUUCUUCAAAUUUCAGAAGGAUUACUCUUUUUGACAGAGCCUUGGAAAAGCGGGAGAUGCGUUGAUUAUUUAACCCAGAAGUCAAUAGAGGAAGACAUUGCCGAUUCUCUCAUUGAAAAUAAUCUCGACCACAUCAACAGCAUGGACCAGAUUGAGCUGCCUUCUGGUGUUGUAAUAGACGAAGAAAAAUACAAAACAGAGCAAACAGAGCGGUACUUGAAAGCAGCAAGCAAUUUCUUACAGAGGUCCUUCGAAUACGCUAGGCCUCUUGACUUGUCGGAGGAAGUGGAUCUUCUCGACCUCUCAGAUUCCGAUGGAGAGUCCCAAGAUAUCAAGAAAAAAAAAUGGGAUACCUUGAAAGCGAACGCAGCCCUUGAUCCCAGUCAUCCCACUGUCAUUGAUUUGGCCACUUUUAGAAUGAUUAUUUUGGCAGAUGAAACCUAUGAACUGUUUUUCGCACAGACGCUAAGGCAUUCAGUCCAUGUUGAUGAGAAGAUAUCUCCAGCAGACGGGAAGGGAAAGGCACUCAGGAAUAUGUUUGAUGGUCUACUUGCAGACGGCCGUAGGGUCGCUAAUCAAAUGCGGAGGAGAGUAGAUUCAGUCGCAACGAAAGCCAGUUCAUCAUCUGAAUCUCCCGUUGACUACGCUGAAAAGCAAGAAGAACUAGACGAUUUCACAAGCUAUCAGCCUGACGAGCAUGUCGACCUAUUGAAAGCAGACUUGAUAGGAUUCGAAGACGGUCACGAACAGAAUCACCAGACACCAAAGGCAAGAGUAGAAAGCUUCUCUUUGGAUCAUACGCAUUCCCACAAUAAUGAGAGCACGGUAGAAUUUGAAACUUAA